UGUAAGUAGGGUGAUGGUAAAGUGCAAUGAGUGAUUUACAUCAUGGAUUGCACGGAUGGAUGGAUGGAUGGAUGCGCUCAUCAAUUGUCAACAUUGGAUGGCGUCUCUAGGAUGCAAUACAUAUGGGCACGUGUAACUAAUCUCAUUCACAUUUACCUCAUUACAGCAUGGCUGACUCUGCACCGGCCGAAAGACGUGGUGGAUUUGGACGCGGACGUGGUGGACGUGGUGGUCGUGGUCGUGGUGGCCGCGGUCGUGGUCGUCAAGAAGAGAAGAACGAGUGGGUUCCCGUUACCAAGCUCGGUCGUCUCGUCAAGGAUGGCAAGAUCAAGACCAUUGAAGAAAUCUAUCUUUUCUCUCUUCCCAUCAAGGAAUACCAGGUUGUUGAUUACUUCCUUCCCAAGCUCAAGGAUGAGGUUAUGAAGAUCACCCCUGUCCAGAAGCAGACCCGUGCUGGUCAGCGCACCCGUUUCAAGGCUUUCGUCGUUAUCGGCGACGGUAACGGUCACGUUGGUCUUGGUGUCAAGUGCUCCAAGGAAGUUGCCACUGCCAUCCGUGGUGCCAUCAUCCUUGCCAAGCUCGCUGUCAUCCCUGUUCGUCGCGGUUACUGGGGAUCUUCCCUUGGUGAGCCCCACACUGUUCCUUGCAAGCUUACUGGCAAGUGCGGUUCUUCCAUCUCUCGUUUGGUCCCUGCUCCCCGUGGUACCGGUCUCGUUGCUGCUCCUACUCCCAAGAAGGUUCUUCAACUUGCUGGUGUCACCGAUUGCUACACCUCUUCCCGUGGUGCCACCCGCACUCUUGGUAACUUCGUCAAGGCCACCUUCGCUGCCAUUGGCCACAGUUACAGCUUCUUGGACCCCACCAUGUGGACCGAGAACACCUUCGUCAAGGCUCCCUACCACGAGUACACUGACUUCUUGGCUCAAAAGCAAAGAAAGUAAAUUUGUUCUAUUGAAUGGACACUUGACCUCAUUGUUAGCAAUUAAAUACUGCUGAAUAAAUG